ACUGCAUUUGGGGACUGUUUGGCUGUCGAGAAACUUUUCCGCGCAUUUCCAGAGGAGUGUUGGAAAGUGUAAACCCCUGCUCGGCUGCUCCCCAAAACCCUAGUUUCCAAGUCAUCUAGGUCGUGGGCUCGGUCGUUGCCCCAGGACUUGACAGACGAGGACGUGCUCGAGGAACCAUUGCAGCGAGGAUCCUUGUUGAUUGUAGAAAGUCCCCCUGCCGCUGCAAUCGAAGAUAAGAAAAGUUCGCCACUGACGGGAGGAGACGACCAGUAUUAGCAGGCCGGCGAGAUUAGCCAUUGACGGAGCAAGCCAUAAUCACGCUGGCCAUUCGGCCGGCUUUCGACGAACGUUUAACUCCAUCCCAGGCAUGCUUUUCGGCACUCAUACCAUCUCUUCAGUUUCACUUUCCAGAGUACGGAUCUGGUAUCAAUUCGCAGCUUCAAUUUCAAACCUCAAAGUAGUUUGGCGCAAAGACCCCAAACUAGACCAGGCCAUCGAAAAUGAUAAGAAAUGGAAGCUCUGCGCAAGAGUCGCCAGAGAGGUCCUGAACGAACCGGGUAAAGUUAUUCCCCUGUCGUACCUUGAGAAACGUCGCCAGAGAAUGCGACUUCCAAUCAAAAUCAAGACCUUCAUCGCCCGAAAUCCAGGCUUAUUUGAGACCUAUCCGGACAGAAUCAGGCCCAAAUCCGAGCCCGUCCCGUUCAUUCGCAUUAGCGUCAGGCUUCAGCGGUUUUUGGAAGAAGAAAAGAGAAUCACUACUGAAAACGAGCCGUUAAUUGUUGGCAAGUUGUGUAAAUUAUUAAUGAUGUCCAAGGAUAAGGUGGUUAGUGCAGACAAACUGGUACAUGUGAAGAGGGAAUUUGGAUUCCCCAAUGAUUUUCUGGUGAGUUUGGUGCCAAAAUACCCUGAAUAUUUUCGGUUAGUUGGUUGUCCAGGGGAGGGAAAAUCGUUUCUUGAACUGGUUUCCUGGAACCUGGAGUUUGCGAAAUCAGUAAUAGAGCAAAGGGCAGAGGACGAAGCGAGGUUGACAGGCAUAAGGGUUAGGCCAUCUUUUAAUGUUAAGCUUCCCCCAGGGUUCUUGCUCAAGAAGGAAAUGAGGGAAUGGAUCAGGGAUUGGAUGGAGCUUCCUUACAUUUCGCCAUAUGAUGAUCCAAGCAAUUGGGACCAAUCGUCACGAGAAAUGGAGAAAAGGACGGUUGGGGUUUUACACGAGUUGCUUUCUCUCUCUCUUUUCAAGAGGAUUCCGGUGCCGAUUUUGGGGAAGUUUAGUGAAGAGUACAGGUUUUCAAAUGCAUUCUCGAGUGUUUUCACAAGGCAUUCUGGGAUAUUUUAUAUGUCACUCAAAGGCGGGAUAGAGACUGCAAUGCUGAGAGAGGCUUACAAGGAUGAUCAAUUGAUUGAUCGGGAUCCACUUCUUGAAAUAAAGGACAAGUUUGUAGAGUUGUUGGCCAAGGGACACAAGAAAAGAGCUGAGCAAUUGGGGUUGCAGAGGGAAGCAGUCCAGAAAGAUAUGGAGAUGAUGGCAACUAGAAACUCUGUACAGAACUAAAGUGGAACCUGGGAACAACUGCCGAAAUUUGAAGAUUAGAUGUUUGAUGAAGUCAAGUUGCAUCUUCUACUACAUCUAUUAGAUUCUGAUGAUUUCAGGGGGAAUUCUUGUCAUUCUUUGGGAAGAUGUUUUCAUUUGAUGGUCUCAUCUGGGACUGGAACAGGCCAUAGUUCCCUGUAAGCAUACAAUCUUUGCUUGAUGCAUGCAUAAGAACCAGUUACAUUUGGUGU